AAAUAAAAGUAGUUUUACAGCAAAAACUAAUAAAAUAAAAAAAUUGUUGAAAAUUUUAUCAAGAAAGGACAAAGUAGUCAAUAAGCAAGCUUCAUGUCUAAGAUGGUAAUCAUCAUACAAUGACUACCAAUAGAGGAAGUUUUCAGAAUAAGAAAAAAGCUGCUGUUUCAUUUUCAAUAAGAGAAGAAUCUGAAUAUAAAAACAGGUUAGGAGUGAAUGCUCUUCAGUAUGAUCCUGAAAAAUCAUAUUUAUUUUCUGCAGGCAGAGACUCUAUUAUUCGAUGCUGGAAUGUUGAAAAAGAAGAGAGUAUUUAUAUUCAAUCUUAUGAACACCACACAGAUUGGGUAAACAGCAUGGUGCUGUGUCAAAAUGGAAAAACAUUCCUAUCUGCAUCUUCUGAUACAACUGUUAAAGUAUGGGACUCUGCUCGUGGUUAUUGUAAGUCAACAUUACGUACUCACAAAGACUACGUCAAAGCAUUAGCCUAUGCAAAAGAUAAGGAACUUGUUGCAAGUGGUGGAUAUGAUAAACAAAUUUUUCUUUGGGACGUUAAUGUUCUAACUUCCCUCACAUCAACUAACAACACUGUAAUAACAUCAUCGCUAGGUGGACAAAAAGAAUCAAUAUACAGUUUAGCUAUGAACAACUCUGGUACUAUUCUUAUAUCAGGCUCAACAGAAAAGGCUUUGCGUGUCUGGGACCCUCGUACUUGUACAAAGUUGAUGAAACUAAAAGGUCAUCUUGAUAAUGUCAAGACUGUUGUCUUGAAGGGUGAUGGAACUGAGUGUUUAUCUGGUAGUUCUGAUGGAACUGUAAGAUUAUGGUCUAUUGGGCAACAAAGAUGUAUAGCAAUCUACAAAGUGCAUGAUGCUGGAGUAUGGACUUUAGUAACAGAUGAUAAUUUUAAUUACUUUUACUCAAGUGGUAAGGACAAAAAAGUAUUUUUUACCGACUUGAAGUUAGAUGAAAAUCCUGUGCUGUUGUUUGAAGAAAAAGCGCCUGUACUAUCGAUGCAAUUGGUUGAAUACCCACCAGGAUUAUGGGUAGCAACAACAAAUUCUGAUCUUACCUGUUGGCCUAUCAUAUACCCUGAUUCAGUAUCUGUCUCAGAAACUGGUGUGGAACUUUAUUCUUUUCCUUCUGCUGAUAAAAAAUGUAAAACGAUUUCAGGAGCCCCUGGAAUAAAAGAUAUACAUGUAUGCAAUAAUAAACGCCACAUACUUACGAAGGAUACUAUUGGAGAUGUUACACUUUGGGAUGUUCUACAGGCAAGAAAGGUGAACAACUAUGGGAAGGUCAACUUUGAAGAAGAAUGUAUAAAGCAUCGUGAAAUGGUUUUUGUGCCAAAUUGGUUUACUGUUGAUGCCAAAACUGGAAUGCUAACAGUCACUCUAGAUGAAUCAGAUUGCUUCUCUAGUUGGAUGGUUACUGAAGAUGUCCCUUCUUUUUGUGUUGAAGCUACUUCUCUUGUUCAAAGCGAAAACAGAUUCAUCAAUUAUGGUGUUUUGUUGCUACAAGCUUUACUUGAAAAAUGGCCUGAAUCACAUAGUGCAGCAGAUACUGAAGUGGAGAAGGAAAAUGAAGAUGAAGCCAAUACAUCGGAAGGUACUGUAACAACAAAUGAGAAGUCAUCGUUUAAAGGAUUUUUUACUAUUCCAUUGCAUACACCUUUGGUUUUUGGAGAAGGUGGUGGCUGUGGUCGUACAUAUUGUCGUGUAUUAGUUGGAGAUGCAAGCAGUGAAAAUGAAUCUGCUCUUUUGUCUGAGACAGUACCAACAUGGGUAUAUGAUGUAGUUGUCAAAAAAAUUCAACCAAAGUUUAACAAGAUAACAUUUAUGUUAGCACCUUUAAAUAAUGGAUCUAAAAAUAAUAAAAGAGAUCGUUUGACUGCUAGUGAUAUGCUUCAGGUGAAAAAAAUCAUGGAGCAUGUUUACGAAAAAUAUAUUCUUUCCGAAAACGACAAGCCAAUUACUAUUGGUGCUGAUGAGCUUGCUGCAAUAGCUGAAGCUAAAAUUGAACUGCAUUGUAACGAUGUGCUUUUAAAUCCAAAGAUGGACCUACGAACUAUCCGCCAUUUUAUUUGGAAAAGUAGUUCGGAACUUACACUUAAUUAUCGCGUCCUUAAGUAAUCCGAUUCAUUAUUAUCUUGUCUAAUCAAGUUAAUGAUUGCACUUUAUCCAAUCAAGUUAUUGAUCGCACUUUAUCCAAUCUAGUUAUGAUCGUCAGUGCUUACUAACAUUUAAAAUAUCAAAACAUUUUUGCGGUUUAAGAUUAGGCAAGGAAUGGUUGUUUUGAUCGGAUUUUUUUAUAAGCAAGUAAAGUUUCAAUUUAUAUCAUUGUAAGUUUCAAUUAAACUUGAUGAUGAUGAUCUUUAACAGAUACUAGAUUUUUAAAUA